CUUCACUCUUUUUUCGAUUCUUUGUUCAUAAUCCCUCUAAAACAUCAUGCAAACAAUCAAAUGCGUUGUUGUGGGCGAUGGUGCCGUCGGCAAGACCUGCUUGUUGAUCUCAUACACCACUAACAAGUUCCCAAGCGAAUACGUCCCCACCGUCUUCGACAACUACGCAGUCACAGUCAUGAUUGGCGGCGAGCCCUACACGCUUGGCCUUUUCGACACAGCAGGACAGGAAGAUUACGAUCGUCUCCGCCCUCUGUCGUACCCCCAGACUGACGUCUUCCUUGUGUGCUUCUCGGUUGUGUCCCCCGCAUCGUUCGAGAACGUCCGAGAGAAGUGGGUUCCCGAGAUCACCCACCACUGCCCAAAGACCCCCUUCCUGCUUGUCGGCACUCAAAUGGAUUUGCGCGACGACGCCACCACCACCGAGAAGCUCGCCAAGAACAAGCAGAAGGCAAUCACUGUUGAGCAAGGCAACAAGACUGCCACCGACCUCAAGGCUGUCAAAUACGUCGAGUGCUCUGCCCUCACACAAGCCGGUCUGAAGAACGUAUUCGACGAGGCCAUCCUCGCCGCCCUCGAGCCUCCGGAAUCACCCAAGAAGCGCAAGUGCCUCAUCCUCUAAAAACACCGAGUCGCGUGCAUGCCCCCCCCCCUUCUCCUCAAGUCACUUUGUUUUUCCCCCUUUUCUUCUAAAACCCUUCCCCCCAUCCACCACCCUCUUCUCUCUCUCUCUCCCCAUUCGCGCCAUGAGUGACCUUACGCUGGUCGACGUCUAUUCAAGGCGUUUGUCCGUGAGUGCCUCUUCUUGUAUCUCUUGUUUUUCUUGGUUUCGUGAUUUCAGCCUCCAUCUUCCUGCAGCAGGUUUUUGUGUGUGUAUUUUUGUUGUUUUGUUGUAUCCGAUCGUCUUUGCACUAUUGCGUUUGUCUGCAGUUUGUUGUUGUGCCUUUUGUGUUUCAAAAGCAUGGCAAAUCAAAAACAAAAAAAAUAUUGUUUUCUCUCCA